AUGAGAAACAGAUGCAACAACAAUACUGCUGAAAUUACUAUCUCUCAGGAUGAACCUGACUCUCUUAUGCAAGAAAUGAGGGAUUUGGUAAAAAAGAGAGACUUUGACGAGUUUGCAGUAAUGCAAGUCAGAGUCACUACUCAGCUUUUGAAUAAGUUACAAAGAAUAGAGGAAGAUAUGGAAGAGUUAAAUAAUAGACAAAAGUUAUUUCUCAAUAGCAUUAAAGAAAAUAUUGAAGAGGCUUUUGAUAGCUUCAAUAAGAUUAAUAAUAACGACAAUUCAUCAUCGUCUUCUUCAAGCUCUUCUUCACCGCCAAAAAUUUUGUAUACUGUGCUUACUAAAAAAAUGAGUAGCAUUCAUAGGCGUGCAAAAUUAAUUGAAGAAG